AUGGGGAUUGAAUAUUCAUGCUUGAAGAACGACCUUAGACUCAACAAUGAUGAAAUAUUCAUUCAAGAAAAUAAAGAAUUAGCAACAGCUCAAGAGCUCACUCAUGAAAGCCAUGAUUCUGAAAUUAUUAUUGGGGCUCAAACAACUGGCCAAAAAAAUAAACGUUACUAUAUUGAAAUCCAAAGCGCAGCAAGAGGCUAUUUAGUUAGAAGAGAAUGAUCUGCUAUAAAAAAAAUAAAUCAGGAUAAAAAUGAAGAAAGUAAAGAACCAUCUGAACAUAAAAGUAAAGAAAAAAAGCAUGAUAAAAGUACCUCAAAAUAUUCUGCUAAUACCCUGCAAACUUCUACUUAUUCCUAUUUUACUCAAGAAAAUGGAGCCACUUAUGAAGGCGAUUUGAAUGAAAAAGGAGAAAAGCAUGGAGAAGGUAUUGAAAUUUACCCAAACGGAUGUAAAUAUGUAGGAUUUUAUAAAAAUAAUUUACGAGCGGAAUUGGAAGCUAUGUUUUCGCAAAUGGGAAUGUUUAUCAAGGAGAGCUUGACAAAGGACAGCCCAAUGGAAAAGGAGUUUUUCAUGUUAAUGGGAGAAUAA